AUGUUCCCGAGCCGUCCAUAUCAAGCUCAAUUAAUUGAAAAUGAGAUUAUACGUAAAAGGAAAUUUAAAGUUGAACCGAAAAAGAAGAAAUCCUCUCAUGGAAUCAAAGAGAAGGUUAAGAAAUAUUUGGUGAUAUUUCUAGAAUCUUCUUCUAUACAUGGCUUAAACCAUCUUGUCGUAACCGAUCGUCAUCCGUGUGAAGUUUUCAUUUGGCUAACAAUAGUGAUCCUAUCCGUAUUUGGGACGGUUUAUCUCUCUGGCACCACUUGGAUACGUUACCAGUCUUCUCCGACUGUGGUCUCUAUGGACCGGGAUAUGUUUGCGUGGAAUACGACCUUCCCCAGUGUCACUAUUUGUCCGGAUAAUAAUAAGAUCGAUCCCGAGAAGAUAAGCAAGUAUGUACAGAAUUCAAACGAAGACAAGGAGAAACUGGAAAUAUUUAUCAAGGCGCUGGCAAAUGCUACUUUUGAAAACUUCGACACUAUUCCGAAAUACGAUGGCAUUGUGCCCGAGAAAUAUCUAGAAGUGCUAGUGAAUUUGUCUUCUGAUUUUCAUCCCACUCUGAGUAUAGGUGCCUCAGGAGUUCAUCUUCAUAUUGUACCAACUAUAAUGGAGAUGGGAUUAUGUUACGCUAUCAAUUCGAAGGUUGCAGUUUAUAAUUCACCUGAAUAUAGAGCGAAAAACAGAUGGGACCUCGUUGGAUUGAAUAGUUCUACGUUUUUCGUUCAUCCAUUGGACGGCGAAGUUUUUGCCCAAGUUAUGAAUAUAUCCACGUCAUACAAGGCUUAUAUUCACGGACCAUUAGAAGUUCCAGAUAUUUCAACGAAACACCAGCACUCUGCUCCGAAUUUCUAUAUGAAACUUUAUGUAACCGCACUGACAGUUUACACGGCACCAGAAGCGGCUAAACUAAGCGUAGCUCAACGUCGCUGUCGGUUCCUUCACGAGAAUAUCCUGAAACACAAUUCUGUGUAUUCAUACACAAUGUGCCGUAUGGAGUGCAGAUUACUCCUGUGUCUUAGGUAUUGUGGGUGUAUACCGUACUUUUACAGGAAAAUUGGCGAUGAAAAAAUAUGUGACGUCAAUGGUAUGCAUUGUCUGGCCAAAUACAAAGAUCAGCUCUACAAACUAAGGGAGAAAAAUGGCAAGAAAAUUAAAUGUGAAUGUUUUCCAAUAUGCGACGAUGUGAAUUACAUAAUUCAAUCACAUGAUUUACAAGCAUGGUUCAUGGGCACUUAUUUUCAAUGGGGGAUUGUCACUUAUCCCAGAAUGAGAUAUCGUAGGGAUAUCAUCUUCGGAUUCACUGAUGUAUUAGUGGCUGUCGGUGGAAUGGCUGGUCUCUUUCUCGGUUGCAGUGUCCUUAGUUUCAUGGAGAUUGUCUACUUUCUAACUUUGCGUCUGUUUUGCUAUACACGAACUACCCGGAAUCGCUAA